AAACCCUCGAGGCAGAGGGUUUUGUGACCUCACCUUUGUUUCCCCACGCUCGCUUCCUCCUCCUUCCACUUGCUUGAAAUCCAGCGCAGAGUGAGGGUCUCCUUCUCCGCUCGAUCCUGCUUUUCCUCUCAGUUCGGUUGAGCUCGAAAAAGCUGAUAGAAGGAGCAUUGAGAUGGCACAUGCUCGAGGAGGUGAUUUCAUGUUCUGUGAUUUAUGUGGAACGAUGAUGUUUUUAUAUUCAAAGGAACAUGUUGAAUGUCCUUUGUGCAAAUUUAAGAAAAGUGCAAAAGAUCUAAGUGAAAGAGAAAUAAGUUAUCAAGUCAGCUCUGAGGAUAUGAGGAGGGAUCUAGGCAUCUCACAUUUUGAAGGAAAGAUGGAAGUGAAAGACAUGGAGAUAAAUAAGAAAUGUGAAAAAUGCGGCCACACAAAGCUUAAAUUUUCAACCAGACAAAUGAGAUCAGCAGAUGAGGGCCAAACGACUUUUUUUCAUUGUGCUAAUUGCUCAUAUACAUUUACUGAGAAUUGAGUAUCCAGAUGUUGGAGCUUUCAAGACUGACCUACAUAGAGCUCAGCAAUCUAGGCAUUGCAUGUGGUGGCAUCUACAACGAGGGGCUUGUUGGAAGCAUUACUUGUGCUGUUAACUCCUUGGACCUUGGAUUUAGAGUUGUCUAAGGCCUCAAGAAUGUUUUGGAUGAAAGAGUAGUUAACAUGGAGGAGGAAAUUAUAAAGAUCACAAUAGUAUAUUCAUCAUUUUUUAUGCCUACGUAUUCUCGUUGAGUUCAAAGGUUUAUUAAGUAAAGGAGACGGGUGAAGAAAUGUGUGGCUAAGCAUUAUCCCUGUUAAGGUAGGAUUCUUUAUGCCAUCUUUGUCCUGUUUCCCUUUGUCAAAUCUUUAAAUUUAAAUGUCGAAUGUUCUUACAUGUAGUCA